AUGAUUGGAUGGAUUGUGGAAAACAGCCUUGGAAUGCUUCCAGCAGUGAUGGAAAGGCAGAUGCAUGGAUUUCCACUUCAAUGCACAGAUUGCUCAGGCAAUACGUCCACUAUGUACCACAAUUGCCAGAAUGAAUGCUCAAUCACGUACAUCCAAGCAAUAUCUGCAAAAGCCAGCGUUGUGCAUCCUACAUCAAGGUUUAUUGUCAGAGGAUACCAAUGGAAUCGUGGCAUCACGGCCAGAAUAUGCUUUGAGACAACAGCUGCAUGCAAUCAAACAUACUUUGCUUUGGACACAAAUGCAUCUAGAAUUGCUCACUUUACAUGUUUUGAUACAACAGUGCUUUAUAUGUUCAUGGAUAAUCCAGAAGCUCCAUACAGAGCAUUCUACUGCUGCUUCAAUGGAUGCAGUUUACUAAGAAACCAGCACAUUCGAAUGCAUGAGCUUGUACUCUUUCAAGACACAUACUUAUACCAGUUAGAGGACUGCUCCUCGUACGAGCUCAUCAUUAAUCACAUAAACAUCAAGAGUAAGCAUAAUUCACGGUGCAAUAUCCACUACAAUUGGGCAGAUUUCGAUUCUCAAGAGCACAUGCAACCCGGAGAAUGCAUCAUCCAGCCAUCCUUGGACAAGCUUGCAUACAUUGUGCACGGAUGCUGCUGUGUGUUUUGCUUCAAGAAAUUCCAAACAAUCGCUUCGUUGGCAUUCCACAUAAACCGCAUUCAUUCGGGCUACGGAUGCACUGUAGACAACGAAUCAUCCAUACUAACAAAAACAGCAGUAUGUAGCACAGAUGAGCAUCACAUACAAAAACCAUAUGCUAUGCAUCACAAAAACAUCUUUUAUGUAUCCACAGGCUACAAACGAAACAGAAACUUGCACAGGCAAAACACAGGUCUGUGCCUGGCAGAACAGAACAUCAGCAAUGUAUGUGAACACAACAACUCUGCACUCAGCCACUUGCUCUGCAAGAACAUCAACCGUACUCAAAACCGUGACCUAAAUGCUCUGAUGGCAAAGUGGAACACACUCAGAAUACAUCAAAACACAAACACCAUUAUGCAAGACAUCGAGCACAUAGCCAGCCAUGAAAAAGACAAUCCAGAAACAAUCAACUUCUUGCUUGCUCUGUAUCACAAGUCUAUCAUAAAUCCGGACGAAUUAGCAAGACUGCUAUAUCUCUUAUUCCAGAAUAAAUCAAAUAUCCGAUGA